UGUACAUCUAUGAAUUGCUGAAAGAACUCUGUUCAUCCCCUGUAAUAUGUCUGCAGUCUCUGGUCAUCUCCUGUACUGUGUCCGCAGUCUCUGGUCAUCUCCUGUACUGUGUCCGCAGUCUCUGGUCAUCUCCUGUACAAUGUGUGCAGUCUCUGGUCAUCUCCUGUACUGUGUCCGCAGUCUCUGGUCAUCUCCUGUACUAUGUCCGCAGUCUCUGGUCAUCUCCUGUACUGUUUCCGCAGUCUCUGGUCAUCCGUACUGUGUCCGCAGUCUCUGGUCAUCUCCUGUACUGUGUCCGCAGUCUCUGGUCAUCUCCUGUACUAUGUCCGCAGUCUCUGGUCAUCUCCUGUACUAUGUGUGCAGUCCCUGGUCAUCUCUUGUACUAUAGCUGCAGUCUCUGGUCAUCUCCAGUAGUGUGUCUGCAGUCAUCUCCUGUACUAGUUCUUUAGUCUCUGGUUAUCUCCUGUACUAGGUCUGUAGUCUCUGGUCAUCUCCUGUAUUAGGUCUGUAGUCUCUGGUCAUCUCCUGUAUUAGGUCUGUAGUCUCUGGUCAUCUCCUGUACUAGGUCUGCAGUCUCUGAUCAUCUCCUGUACUAUGUCCGCAGUCUCUGGUCAUCUCCAG